AUGUUUCUCAAAAAUGGUAACUUUUUUUCCAAAUUGGGAAUCAAUUCCUUAUAUGGUUCAGAAAUAAUGAUUGAACUGAACAACGGACAAACAUUAAAUGCAGCAAUUGAAGUGAUUCCCAAAUUCAUCGUCAAUGUAGCCAAUUUCUCUGCAGAUAGUGAAAUGAUAGAUAUAAUCAUAAUAUCUUUUAUAAUAUCAGCAUUGACACUUUUGCCGUUGGCAUACCCCUUUUCUAAUAACUCUAUCCAUUGGACAUUGACAAAAUUUUCUGCAAAGGGCAAUGAUCGAUUUCGCUUCUUGUUGAUACUUUUGUUGGAUCCCAUAGAAAAUGUGCUUGUUCUAGUAGUGUUUUGUCCUAAUAACAUAGAUAAUAUCACAAGAUCUUCAGUUUUAGUAAAUUUUCCAUUAGUUACAAUCAAGUCCAAGUGUUUUUGUACUGGUGAAAUAGAAGAUAUAUUCCCCGAUUUUUUAUUGUCGUUAAACUCAGAUUUAAAAGUACCAUCAAUUAAUCCUCUUACAGUACUGAUGUUUUUUGGGGCAUGA